AUGGAUCGAUUCUACGACUGGAAUGUUUUCCCGUGGUGUUUAGAGCAUGGCCAAAGCCCUAAAUGGGUAAUGGCUACCACCGCAACAUCAAUCUUAUUGUUAUUGAUCGGCCUCCGCUUUGCUUUCCGCUGCAUGACGCCGUCACCCCUCGACGCAAAGCCCACGGCUGAUACAUCGGGCCAGACACCGCUGGACAAAAUAGAACCGCUUAUCAACUUCUCAUGGUCAGCACAAGAGCCAUUACGGCUUCGGACUUUCAAGCCAAAAUAUCACAUAACCAUGGGCAUUGAGCAAAUGAAGCUAUCGGACUGGAUUCAGAUUGAUAAACAUUACAAGAACCGCAUCGAUUUGCGUUGCCAGCUUUUGCAAUCCAACCGCGACCAAGUUCUUCGUGCGCUGCCAAGCGCACAUGGCACAAUCAGCAAACUGUACGCUUUCAUGGUGAACGCCUAUUUGCCUACACGUUACAGUGAUGUAUUCAAAAUUAUCCCGGAAUCUAGAUCACAGGCGUCACACCUCCUGAAUCUCGUCACCAAGGAUAAGAUCCCGCUGCAUCCGACGGCAACCUCUUCGUCCAUGCUGGAAGCCAUUGGUCGACAAGUAGAAGAGGACUUCCUCAUUCUGCAGCACGAUGCAGAAAGCGACGAGUUCCAACUAACGGCAUUUGUGGCCUGUUUUCCCAACGGUUUUGACUGGGCGCAGAAAUUUGGCAAAAACAUGUCACAGAUUCACGUGCCUGUCCCUGACUACGACGUCAAACUCAAGAAAAGCAUGAACAGAUUCUUGCAGCGCAUGGCCCCUGGACAGUUUGUGAAGAGACACAAUUGGUCUAUUUCGACCAGCGGAAACCUCUUUUCCGUGGCAAACGUGCAUUUAUACGCAGGAGACAAGGUAGAGGCGGAAGAAGUCGACUUUGAAAAGGCCUGCCUGCGCUGCGAGAGACAAGUACUCCAUCGCCUUCAAGACUCUGACGAUGUGAUUUUGACAAUUCGUACUUACAUGUAUCCUCUGCGAGAGAUCAAGGCAGAGGGCAGCGGACCUGCCCUGGCAGAUGCAAUCGAUGGGUUGCAGACUGGUAGCUCGCCCAACAUGUACUUUUACAAGAGGGCACCAAACUGGAGCGAUGCUGUCAAGAGGUUCUUGAGGGACGAAGUGGUAGAAACACCGUAA